CGGCUAAUCUUCCAGGGAAAGCCCCUCGAACUUCCGCUUACAGUUCCACUAGAUGUCACGACAGUCAAGUGUCUCAGCUGAAAGCGAGUAUAAGCCUUAUCUACCUGCCUCCUUGGAAAAAACCCUCGAAAAUCUAUUCUUUGCACUUGCACGCCUGCAGUUUGAAUCAUUUUCGAGUAUUUGUCUCUCGUGGUGAAAGCUCAAUACAUGGUCUGAGGAAAAAACUCCAAGCUUUCUUUCAGGCUAGAAAUCGUGAUACAAACUCUAAAAGGAAAACGAUAUUUUUCAUUUUUGCGUUUAAGAAAAUCAAACCUGCACUCAAAUUCUGAGCCUCCUUUAUAUCACCAAGGUUCCUUGCAUUCAAAUCGAUACAUUGCGAAUUUUCAUGAUCUCAGACUGCAAAGAUAUGUCCAGCAGUCAAAAGGCGGAAUCUCCACGGCCGUUUCUGCCAACCCGUAGACACUCAAACUUUGAAGACCAAAAAUCAUACCAUGCAGACCUCAAAUCAACUUUGAGAUUGGAACAGAGUUCUCUCUGUGAAUCCCUUGAAAAAGAAAAACCCCAUGAGAGAAAAUCUUCAAAGUCCUCAGAAAGUCUGUCUUACACCAAUAGCUUGACAUCGCCACUCCCCACACCGGAAGAGUACAUUUCAGAGACUAUAGAGAUCCCGAUUCACAAGGCAUACAGUGAAACUAUCGUCUCGCAGAUGCUUUUACUUCGAUUUGAGCAAGAAAAAACAAAACAGAUUAAAAGCAAAAUAGAGCUCGGUCAAAUUGUGGCACAGCUUUUGAAAGAGUGCGAAGCUCAUGCAAUAUCCACGCAGCUAAUUCAUCGUUUGUUUUCGGAUGAUAAUGAUGAAAUUAUCAAAAACAAUGUCGAGAAAUUGACCCAACAAUUUGCUUCUGGAAAUACCCCAAAAUCCUCAGGUGAGGAAAUCAAGACCUCGGAAACCAAUAAAAUGAAUGAUAUAGUUUCAAAACCAAGCCAUGAAAUUACAAAUCCCAUGAACUCUUUGUCAAAUCAUCCUCAAGCAAGCAUUCAAGAAAACUUGUUGCAUACUUCGUCUAUUGAUAUCACUCUAUUCACGAAAAAGCAUCCAGAGAGCAAUCCUACACCACUAGGUGAUCAAAAUGAACUUCUUAAAUCUCAAAAGACAGUUUCGGAUCCUCAACCCAGAAAUUACACUGAAAUUAGCUCCAGUGAAACCAAAGAAGAGGCUCUCGAAGUCACGCAGACACUCUUGACCAUGGGAUCAAAGAAUCAAUCCGAGAGGCCUGUUAUGGCACAGCCGAUACUUCCGCUGUACUAUCGUAAACAUAGUCGUUACUUGCUGCCGCAAGUGGCUUCCGGGUCUCAGCCAAGCCAUAUUCCCGAGCUGGGGCUGCUUCUACUCUGUCACAAUCACUCGAAAAUUGGUUUUGACUCUUCAUCUCAGUACUUGAAAAAUGGAAUGCUGUACCGAGAGAAGUACUCUCAGCAAACACUACUCCUGAUGAAUUCUUCUAGCCAACAACGGAAUUAUGAGCAUCAAGGACAACAAUUUCAGCAGCAGAUCCGGCCGUUGUACCACGUGGAAUCAUUAGUACCAGGCGUCGUCCCGAGCACAGGAAACAUUGCGACGCUGCUCCUACCUCCACCUUUUACCGUGGGAGCUGGGACGCACUUGCAGCUGUGGGCUGCCACGCCUCUCAAUCCACAAACAAGACGACGCCGUCUGGAAGAAGAUACACACACCCAAAGAAAACGACGAGGCUCGAAGAAUGGCAUUGUUUUUAUGAUUAGUACGCCUAAAAAUCCGCCUGCGCAGAAGUACAGCAGAUCGUCUGGCAGUUCAUGAUUAGGCGUGCCGUCCCUAAAGUGAGCACUUAAUUAUAUAUUUCCAAUUCUUAUAGUUUUUUUUUUGAUUUUUUGUCUUUCUGAUACAGCCUAAAAUGAGUGUAAUUUGUUUCAUUGUCAU